AUGUUGGAGGAGGGCAGCCGCGAGCUGUCCACGCUGGCGUAUUGUGGAGCGUCGAGCGUGCCCUCCGCACCUCUGGCGCCGCUCGGGGAAGAGGCACGCUGCUGUUGGCCUCAACAAGCCGGGGCCGAGGCACGAGCCUGGUGUUGUCGCUGCGCGCAUAAACGUCGCGCUUCUCCACUUACGUGUCUCGCGAUAUGUUUCCUGGUUCUAACAUACAACCUGCUCGGUGGCUUCCUUUUCCUCGCCUUGGAGGGCAGUGUAUCUACCGAAGAGACCGCUGUGGCCGCUUCGAAACCAAACCUUAGCCAGUCCCAGGGAAAUGAGCUUCGUUCCCGGACCGUAGAGCGACUCUGGUCUAUUACCGAGGACCUUAACAUACUUUACAAGGAGAACUGGACGAAGCUGGCGGCCAAAGAGCUGAUGGACUUUCAAAAGGUGCUGCUCAAGUCAAUGCGCGGUGGAGCGAUGUUUGAAGCACGCCUCAGCGUACAUCACGAAGCUGACUACCGCUGGACAUUCUCCGGCAGUUUCUUGUAUGCACUUACGCUAAUUACAACGAUCGGUCACGGCAAUGUCACCCCAAAAUCAUCAGUGGGAAAAGCUGUAGCGGUGGCGUACGCGUGCGUGGGCAUCCCCAUCAUCAUGCUGUAUCUAUCUACCAUUGGCGAGGCGCUGGCGCGUCGCGCGCGUGCUCUGUACUCGCGCGUGCGCCCCGGCAGUCAAGUAAGAGUGCACCGGCAUGCGCGCGCAGACUGCCUGGGCCGAUACCCAGCCCCGCCACCGGAGUUCAAACAGUUCAGUGAUUGUGACAAAAGAUAUAAGCUUGAUAGACACAAACGGACACCGUUUCAGGCCGCCCUCAAUCUGGACAGUUUCAGUAGUGGCUACCAUUGGACGUGUAGAGACCACACGCGAGUGCCCAUUCUACUUAGUUUGUUACUUAUCGUCUUGUACAUAGCUCUAGGGACCUUCGUGUUCCACACCACGGAGCGGUGGAACGUCGUUGACGGUUGCUACUUCUCGUUCGCGAGCCUCGCUACGAUCGGCUUCGGAGAGUUGAGACCAGGUCUGUACGCGAGUACGAUAUCUGCCAAGGCGGAGGACAUCGCAGUGGGGGUGUGUUGUAUAUAUAUCCUCGUAGGGAUCGUAGUGAUCGCUAUGUGCUUUAACCUGAUUCAGGAAGAAAUUAGUGGCAUGUUGCGCGGGUGGAGUGCGCGCGGAGCCAAGCGCGUCGUGCACAGCGUGGAAGUACGUGAAGAUAAGCUCGCCAUGUCCGUCUUCACGAACCCGACCAAGUUUAACAGUCUGCCGCGGCGAAAAUCAUCGCACUAUGGUGAUGAUAGUUUUACUCGUGAUGCACCGGCCCGUCGCUCGGCCGGACACGCCGACCGGUGCGUGGAGUACUUCGUGCCGCGCAGCCUCAGUGAGUUCAACCUGAGUGGCGCUGGUGACCUGUACGAGCUGGCGGCGUUCGGCCCCCGUCGCGCCGCUCCGGGUGUUCUGUCGGCGGGCGCGGGCAGCAAGGCGCGCGACAAGAUGGUGACGUUCGAGGACGAAGGGCCUCCCGGCGCCGGCGCUAGUAACCCCCCCGCUGAAGACGUCGAUGUAUUUAUGUGA